UGUUAGGCUGGCAGGGAGUGACUGUCCCCGACUUUCUCUGUGUUGUCGGUUGUCACUCCGUUCCUCUCGGAAAUACCAGUCAGUGUUAUCGCAGGAGGGCGGUGCAUGUAAGAUAAGACUCGGCCGCGCACCACCACCAAGUUGCCUCACUACCUCCUCGUGCCGAGUUUCCAUGUUGGGAAUUAUUGCUACAGGGAACAAACUACUGGCUUAAUGACCUCCCUAUGGCCGGUAAACUAUGCCCAGGGUGCGCGCGCAACUCCAGGUAUCCAGUUGUACUUGUGUGUCCAAGCCCGUAUGAGGUGACCCACUUCCACCACAUUCGUUCCUUGGAUGUGAUCACGACCGCACGGGUCUGAAGCUCCGGCCUCACUGACUCACAGACUGACUCACUCGGCGAGCGGACGCGGUAGUGUAGAGGGGGUGUGCCUGUCUUCUACUGUAUCUCCUCACAAAACCGUUGGUCUCUAUCCACACGACGCGCGCGCACCUUUGCUAGCUGACGUAUCAUAACAACACGUGGGAGUCGCAGAAAACUUUAGUGCUGAGAAACUGUAAGUGGCAGCUGGGCGGUUGUAAAGUGUUGAGCGAUUUUUGAAACUAUUAGAGCCGGUUAGUGAGAUACGGAGCUUGUGACUGACAAACAAGCUGAGUGCUGAACUGUUAUCUGGGGUUUCAGUUGAAGGAGGCACCAUGACACACAGGCACUACAAACUUCGCUGGGGUGACAACACCAUCUUCGCCCUCACCCAAAACAACCAAACGGUCAUCUACGACCUGACAGUCCCGCCGCGUCAAGAGAAUGGCCACUAUGUCACUUCUACCAACUACACCUACGGCUUCACCUUCAACUUUGAGGAGGAGUUUGAGGUGAAGGACUACACCGGGUGGAUGAUGGUUAACUGGUGGCAUAGCAUUAUCUGGACCUCGAUGUACGUCUCCUUCAUCUUCGCUGGUCAAUACUUUAUGCGGGUGAGGCCUAAGUUUGAGCUGCGAGGAAUACUGGUGGUGUGGAACAUUUUCCUGGCGGUGUUCAGCACGAUGGGGGCGCUAAGGACCGCACCUGAGAUGGUCCACCUCCUUUAUAACUACGGCCUCGGGUUCACCGUUUGCAUCUCUGGAAAACCCUUCCUGGAUAAUCGCGUGGGGGGCUUCUGGAAUUGGAUGUUUACGCUGAGCAAGGUUCCUGAGCUGGGCGACACAGUGUUCAUCGUGCUGAGGAAACAGCCCCUAAUCUUCCUGCACUGGUACCACCACGUCACCGUCCUCCUCUACGCUUGGUACUCCUACUCUGACUACAUCGCCACUGCCCGUUGGUUCGUCUGUAUGAACUACCUGGUGCACAGUGUCAUGUACAGCUACUAUGCUCUCAAGGCCCUUAAAUUCCGUGUGCCACGAUGGGUUGCAAUGAGCAUUACCACCGCUCAGCUGGCUCAGAUGAUUAUGGGUGCUGCUGUCAAUAUCUGGGCUUACCAAGUGAAGCAAGCUGGUAAUGAGUGUCAUGUUUCAUAUGACAACAUUAAAAUCUCUCUCCUUAUGUAUACGUCCUACUUUGUCCUCUUUGCACGCUUCUUCCGCCGGGCCUAUGUAGUAAAUCCCAAGCAAGUGGGAGCUCAGCCAGCCAAGAAGGGCCAGGAAUCUUUGGCUUAUGAAGGUAAAAGUAGCAAGGGAAAACUGGAAUAAAAUUAAAAAACAAAUAACUGGAUUAACAAGAGUUCUAAUGAUAAUAGCUAAACAAUUUAUCGCAAAACAUUGAUUUUGUAACAAAAUAAUUUUUUGUCAGACUACAAGGUUGAUUUCCACCAAGUAUGCCAUAGCUGUUCCAUCUGGUUCCACUCUACCUGUACCUUACUGGUGGUAUCUAGAUAUGAUCAGCAGAUCUUGAGUGCUAUCUCGGCAGAUAAUUUUUUUAUUAAAUGUUUUUGUCUAAGGAAUUGCUUAUACAACCUUUUUCAGAAUUUACAAAUACUAGUUAAAACAAAUUUAGGUUACCUUUAUCAAACUCGAACACUGGGAAUCGAGUCUUUGAAUUUUUCCAGUUAACUUGACUUCUCUAUCCAGUUUUAUGGGUGUAAAGUUUCCUGUGACAUAAUUCUUUACUUCCGUGUGUCUAGCAAUUGGUGGGUGACAGUGGAUAGCUGCAGUAUCUGGUGUUAAGUUUGAUGUUAAUGACAUGUGUGGGAGAGUAUCUACUGUUUGUUAGGUAUCCUUAGGUAGUGGUACAGUCUGUAUUGUCAUCCAUCCAAUGACUAGUCAUUAAAAAAUAUCCUAUAUCAGUCAAGAGAAAUUGCUACUGUUUAUAGAUGAGUUAUUCAUCAGAUUUACUGUUGUUGCAAUGGAACAAAAAGGAAAAUGAAUUCUCUGCAUUAGGAUACUUAACAAGAAGAUCAGUACCAUUUGAUGUUUCGGUAGAUCUUUAAAUUACUUCCAAUAAAGAAAUGGCAAUGUUGACAGAAAGAUAAUCUUUGUAAGGUAAACACUUAACAGUACUGUACUGUAAUGUUAAAAACCAGUUGGAUAGAACAAAGAAUACAGCACUAUAGUGGGAUAUCUAUAUUAACAUUUCACAGUGUUCCAUGGAACUGGAGAACCGGCGACGUCUGGGUUUAUAGCAUAUAUUAUUAUGUACCGGUACAUGAACUUUAUGUUCACUCAGCAUAAUGAAAAAUGUAACAAACUCCAACAGCAUAAAAUAUACAAUAAUGUGUUCUGUACAUUGUUAAAUGGGUUAAUUUUGAACCCUGUUGCUAGGUUAGUGACAGUGACUGGUGGGUUCUUCAGAAGCACAGAUGAAUAUUUUGCCAUAUCCCACAUGAACCAAAUGAUAAUUUGUAAGGCUGAAAAGAGCUUGCCUGGUCUUGCAGUGCAACAUGGAUGGGUUAGACAUAUCUUUUAAAAGCGCACUUUCCUGAGACAUUCCAGACUUAUUGCCCCUAUUCCAUCCUGAGAUCUCUUGAAUUGCAUUCCCCUUCAAAGUAACUUGUAUUUCUUUGGUUGUGUAUGUCAUUAACUUCAGUGUUCUUGGGUUGUGUAAGUCAAGACCUGUGUACCUUGGUUGUGUACAUCAGCAACUUUAGUGUACUUCGGUUGUGUACAUCAACAACUUGCCGUAAGUGUACUUUGGUUGUGUAUGUCAACAACUUCAGUGCCCUUGGGUUGUGUAUGUCAGUAACUUCAGUGUAUUUCUGUGAAUGAUGACCUGCUAUUCUUAGUUGUAUUUUUCUCUUCAAAUAGAUAACAUGUAUGAACUUGUAUUUGCACAAAAUAUUUUUGAUUUAUAUUAAAGUAAAACAGUCAGUUUGAUCACUGAUCUGUUCAGUAUUCUCAACUCUUAGUCAAAGUGUAUGAGGAAUGUCAAUCAGUAUUUUAUUUAUUGCUAAACUUAUUUUGUGGUAAUGUCUCGAAGAACGAAGUAUGUAUAUUCAGUGGUCAGUCGGGAAUUCUCUCACUCGUGUUUGUACAGUACCAAUAUUUGAAACGGACACAUGUUCAUAUUAUUAUUUUUUGUAAGUAAUUUACAGCAUUUAAUGUGGGGGCUUUUCCACAAUCGUCAAUCAUUUCUCUAAUACAGUACUGUUUUUUUGGUAGAGAACUUUGUUAAUAUAGUAACAUUACCAUCAGAGAGAGAUAUACGUAUAAUGGUUAUUCUUCACCUAGAAAUUUGCUUGUACUGUACUGUACUGUAUAUGAAGGGUAAAUUUUUUGUAUAAUUCGACUAUUGUCCAUUAAACCUGAUAUUACAAUUAUGGGGGUAACACAAAGUGACCAUUGACUGCCUGUAGAGAAGAUUUUCUAUUUCUGGGGAAUAUAAUAAGAUAGACUUUAUUAAUAGGUUUAACUUGGAGUAAAACUAAAGAUAGCUCCUUUGUCAUUCAAAAGUUCUAUAUUUUGGGGGAAAUUCCUUAAAUUGUUGUAUUUUAAAUUAUGGAGAUGCAGUUGAAUUAUGGUUUUAUUUUAUUUUUCUAUACUUAUCCUACCCAGCCUCAUAAUAGAAGACUUGGUUGAAGAUAACUGAGAAUUCAAAAAUGUUAUCAUUUGAAAUUUAUGAAAUAUAAGUUUUAGUGAAUAGCAAAUGAAAUUCACUUGUGAGCUUGUUGCACAUCACAAAUGUUUCUCCCAGUGUUAAGGUGAUUUUCUCUUCAUAACUCAGGUGUAUCUUUAAUUUAGUUGCUACCCUACAGAACUUUUUGGUUUGUAUGGAGAAAAAAAUGGUUUGGAAAAGUAAACCAGAUUAUUCUCACAUUGUUGAAAGGAGAAGAGAGUACUUGUGUAAAGUGUUGUUUAAGAAUUUUGAACAAUUUAAGGAAGUAAAAUGCAACAUUCCUAACCUACAGUGUUACGUCACAUGGGUUUUCUCCAGUCUCAGUUGGUGCGUAAUAUUGAGCCGAUUCUUAGUUUCCCACAAUAAUUAAAACAAAUUUUUUUUUUUGCUUUUAAGAUUGAAAAGUAAACUUAUUGAAAGUUACUUAUGCUUUGUAAAAUAAUUGCCAGGAAUCUUCUAUAAAAGCCACACUAUUUAGUGUAGGUGUGGUAUCAGAGAUGCAGAAGAUCUAUUCUUAAGGCACACAGGAAGUCCAAGGUUUGUCAUUGGUGCUCAAAUAGUAUUUAUAUAAAUGGGGCCCAUGCAAAUAAAAUUCAUGCACUUUAUUUGCAUGGGGUACAGAAGUUUACAAGAUAAGUGGUGUAAACAGCAUAAUGAAGGUUAAUCAUCUGCAUACAUAAAAACUAGUCAUGUCAUUCAUUCCAUAAUUAUUAGAUAAAAUCUCCUUGAUAAUAUUGUUUGGUAAAAACUGUGGUGAAGCAUUUAGAUUGCUGAUAAAAUGUGGCCACACUAUUUGUUUGGAAUCGUAAUACAUGUACCUAUUUUUGUACAGUAUAGUUGUAAUGACUUGUGUCCCUUGUGUUACUUGGAAAUUUUACUCCGCUCUCUUAUAAAAUACUGUAAUUAGAUAAAUGCUAUCUACUGAAAACCUUGAAUUUCCUUGAUGUUGAGAAUAUUCUGUUAGAGAAAUGCACUAGUUUAGCUUCUGUGACUUGGAAGAACUGGAAAGAGAACAUUUUUGUGCUUUGGUCAUUGUGACAUUGUAGGUUGACGUGUGGGUACAACUUUGGAAAAGUUAUAUUUUGUAGUUGUCAUGUGAUUGUACUAAUACUCUAUUUUAAUUAUUUUAUGGAAUGUGUCAGACUUAAGGCCUUUUUCCACAAAGUAUGGCUGUAUAAAUUUUGUAGUAAAGCGGUCAGACUUUAGGAGUUGUACUGUUAUUUAUCAGGUAAAGACUGAUAAAACUUUUAAACUCAUAAAGUCUGUAGUCUUAUUAUUAAUUUUAUUAACUCGUCACCUUAAAAGUAUGGUUAAUGUUCUUUAGACGCACAAAUGCUUUAUAUAUGUCAAAUCAAGUUGUCCAAAUGUCAAUCAAUUUUGUGGGUUGAUUGGUAUGAUGUAAAUGCAGAAGGUUGUACAAGGUGUAGGCUACAUUUACAUGUGCCAGUAGCCCUGUUUUUUGUUUCCUUUGCAAUAUAUUUGCUUCUUUGGAAGUUUUGGGAGUAAAUUGAGUUCAGGAAGCUGUAUUGCAAAGGGAAUGGAAAUUCAAGCACCAGUGUCAAUGACCCCUGCUAUGCCUAGUCCGAGGUCCCAAGCACACAAACCAUCCUCCCCAGAUGUAGCAGUUUAAAGCUCAAGUCCUACUAUCCUCAUAAACACCAAUGUUGUAAACUUCCGUGGAGGAUAGUCACUUAGUGUUAUCUUUAUGUAGAUUGUGCCGAUGCAUUGCUGCUCAUAGGAGCAUUGUGUAAACCGUAUUGCUCUACAGAGCUAUGCUAUAUGGGUCAGUUGGAGGGAUGUUAACUAAACUUAGAGCACCAGUGUGAAUAAUCGGAUUUUCAUUACAUUGUUUGCAUCAUGGCUUAGACAACACGCAAUUUUAUUUUAUUUUUUCUAGUGUGCCCCUUCACCAAAAUUCCCAGACAUGGCUAGCAAGAUGAACUGAAAAUGUUUUCUCAUGUAUUUGUUGACUUUUGUUUAACUUGUUAAUUUUUUAUUGAGAUCUUCAUCUUGCAAACCUGAUGCAAAAAAGGUAUUGGUAAUGUAAAUUAUUACUUGGAAGUUGAACUGUGAGUCGUGUACUUUUUUAUAAGCAAUUAUUUUCUCCAAUGUAAGUACCAUAUCAAAAUAUGCAUUUAGUAUGGAAAUGCUGUAUUAUUAUUGUUUAUUUUAUUUAUGUAUUGUUGUUUACUAGGUAUUUACUAUCUGAAAUGUAAAAGAAUACAGUAAUUUGUCCAUAAUUUUUAAAAGAUUUAGACUACUGGGUUUAGAAACAAGACCCUUUAAAGAUUUGUUUCUUAAAAAAUUAAAAAAAACAAGUGGUGCAUGAUGCUAUGAAGUCUUGGAAUAAAGCAGAGUUCAGAUUGUCUUAAUUCUACAAUGUAUUCAUAUUAAUGUACAGUACAGGUAUUUACUUUGUUGGAGUCAAUGGCAUUAUAGAAUUUAAAAAAUAUAUCGAGUGUUAAAUUCGGUCGUACAGUAUCUACCUGUAAGAUUUUCUUUGAUAUUGUACAUGUGCUGUUUUUCCCACAUUGAAGGACUGCAAUUUAUAUUAUUAAAAGCUGCAAGUACUGAGGUCCAAUUUCUUCUUAUAUUUAUUUAGUUCUCUUCCAAGUUAUUGUUGUAACCAUUGCCUGUAUAAAAAAAAUUAAUUUGGGGGGUUACUACUUUACUGCUGCCUGAUGAUGCCCAACUGUUAAUUAAAUGGAGGAAUGUUAA